AUGUCGGAGCCCCAGUCGUACCCGUCGCCCAACGCCGCGCAGAUGGCCGCCGGCGCCGCCGGCCUCUACGCCCAUCCGAACGGCAACAUGUCGCCAGCCGAGGCCUCGAGCGCCGUCGACCCGCACCUUUCUCUGCACAGCGGUCAGACCCUCGAGCAGGAGCUUUCUGCCCAGUUGCGCGGCGCCGCCGAGGCUCCAAUGGGCCAGGCACAGCACCAGCAGCCGCAGCAUGGCCUUCCAAUGGCCCAUGUCGGCCAGGUCCACACCCCAGUUCAGCAGCCGUCGACACCGCAGCAAAUGGCCCAGAACGCCAUGAACAUGACGCAAGAUCCACACUACAGCCAGCAGGACAGCAAUCAGAGGAAAAGGUCAAAGGUGUCGCGCGCCUGCGACGAAUGUAGGAGAAAGAAGAUUCGCUGCGACGCGACUUCUGAAAAUGGACCCGAGGCAUGCACAAGCUGCAAGCGCACAGGCGCACGCUGCCAGUUCAGCCGGCAGCCCAUGAAGAGAGGCCCGAGCAAAGGUUACAUCAAGGAACUAGCCGAUCGACUCACCCGGCUUGAGUACGAGCAGCAGCAACAGAUUGGCCAUUCUCCCCAAAACGGACAACAACACUCGCAAGUCCCCGAGCUUCAGAGCUACCUUCAGUCGAUGGGCGAUCAAAGUAUGGCCGGCUUAACAGACUUUUCCGCCACUUCUCCCGCGCCGCAUUACGGCAGCGAGCGGAAGAGGACUCACUCCAUGUCCGAAGGUCCAGGAGACCAAUUCCGAACUUCCUUAUCACAACCGCCCAAUGGUGCGCAACAAUCCUGGGAUCGCAGGGAGCCAUUUGGCACUGGCUACGAGCAUGAUGCUGCCGGCACAUUCUUCGAGUUUAGCCAGAACGCUGACGUAGCAGUGAACGAGUACUACCGCGUGAUUCAAGACACGUACCCCGUCCUGCCGUUUGAUUUGAGAAAUCUGAAAGGCCGUUUGGCAAACUGCGACGCCAAACUGCGGGACGCCUUCACCGCUGCGAUCGACUGCGCCGUCAGAGCCUGGCCGUCUACAAGCUUGGCCAUGGAGUCCAACCACCAAGAACGUUGCUACAAGGCUUACCAGAUGCUGACAUCGCUUGUUGGUACUACCGUUAAACCAGCUGGCAUUAUCCUUGUCCAAAGCUUCUUACUACUCACGAUCGAGGCCGACGUGCAUGGCCCUCGCCGUUCGCAACCCCUUUCCUAUCCGGAUAGCCAGCCGUUGAAGGAUAUGUGCCUUGCCCAGGCCACUAGAGUUGCUACGAGCUUACGAUUUGAUGCCUUAAUAUUCCGGCAGCGAGGUCAGGAGAUUAGCCCAGACAAUGACGAGGCGCUGGGUCGACGCCUCUUCUGGGUUCUCUUCAUCUUUGAUCAGCUGCAUGCUAUCAGCACAGCGACUGCACCCAGCCUCUCGGCUGAGCGCAGCCACCUCACUGGCGAUGACGAAGCCCUCUUUGGACCCGUGACUUUUGCUCUGGCUCGUCUUUGCAAGGCUAUGGGAGGCUUGCCCGAUUACUAUAGGACACUUGCGGACGUCCCUCCCAGUAACAAUGACGUGCUGGCUUUGUACGAUCCAAACAACGCCAUCAUGAAGCUGACGAAGACGGCUUUCCUAUCCUCUCUUGAAAGAUUCUCCGAGACUUUGCCCUCAGACCCCCAUCCUUUGAUCCUUCUUGCCUACUUCCAUGUCCAUCUCCUCAUCGUCCGCCACACCCCCGGCUCUGAACCCGGGGAGAUCUUGCAUGACGCGACAGCUAUUGUCACUCACUUGCAGAGACACCAGGCUCUCAUCACAACGCCACACCACCACUUCGCCGCUCUGGCCGCCCUAACAUUAGGCGAACUGGCCGAGAAAGACGAGACCAGGGAAGAAUCGCUGCGCUUGCUAGGAGAGCUGGAAGGCGUCCUGAACCGCAAUAAGGUCGAAGGCGACCUCGGCUGGGACGCCAGCGUCCGCGAGUACGCCGGCAAGAAGCGCUCGUCCAUCAACGAGUCGAACGGCGGCGCGUCGUCGACGAUGCUCGAGCACUUGGCCGCAGCGGCCGUCGGCGAGCGCAGGGACUCGGGCUCGAAGGCGUCGCCUUCGGAGACCCGGCCCGGAAGCAGCGGCGGAGGCGACCCGCCGAAGGACGACAUCAGCAACGCCGCGGCCGCGGCGGCGGCGGCCGUUGCGGCCGCGGCGUCCCUCAACCAGAGCUUGCACUUCAACCCCGCAAACCUGGUCAGAGACGGCUACCUGAACGUCCUCGCGCACGUGCUGAACCAGCAGCAGCCACAGCAACACUGA